CAUGCAUAAAGGAAAGACAGCUUUACUGAAAGGAUUAAAAAUAUAGCAUACACAUGAUACUGUAUGCAUAUUAUCUUUGGAGCACUGAGAAACAACACAAGAAAAACAAUGCGAAGAUCUCUUCUUACUUUGAUUUUAGCCUGUGCUCUGAGUUCUUCAUCUGGAGGUGAUGUUAGACUGGUCAAUGGUUAUAAUCCCUGCUCUGGUAGAGUUGAGGUCUUUCAUGAUGGCCGUUGGGGAACUGUGUGUGAUGACUCUUGGGACAUUAAUGAUGCUGCUGUGGUUUGCAGACAGGUGGGAUGUGGAAACGCUCUUAAUGCAAACAGUGAGGCUUCUUUUGGUCAGGGGAUUGACCCAAUCUGGCUGGAUAAUGUUGAAUGUUCUGGAAGUGAGAGCAGCAUAAUACAGUGCAAACACAAUGGACUAGGAUCUCAUAACUGUGGCCACAGUGAAGAUGCUGGUGUUAUAUGUUCAGGAGGUGAUGUUAGACUGGUCAAUAGUAGUAUUGCCUGCUCUGGUAGAGUUGAGGUCUUUCAUGAUGGCCGUUGGGGAACUGUGUGUGAUGACUCUUGGGACAUUAAUGAUGCUGCUGUGGUGUGCAGACAGGUGGGAUGUGGAAAAGCUCUUAGUGCCAACAGUGGGGCUUAUUUUGGUCAGGGGAGUGACAAGAUCUGGCUGGAUGAGGUUGCAUGUUCUGGAAGUGAGAGCAGACUUAUACAGUGCAAUCACAAUGCACUAGGAUCACAUGACUGUAAACACAGUGAAGAUGCUGGUGUUAUGUGUUCAGGAGGGUUAAGAUUGGUCAAUGGCUCUGAUUCCUGCUGUGGAAGAGUGGAGAUCCUUCACAAUGGCCAGUGGGGAACUGUGUGUGAUGACGACUGGGACAUAAGAGAUGCUGAUGUUGUGUGCAAAAAAUUAAACUGUGGCAGAGCCAUCAGCGCCCCUCACAGAGCUGCAUUUGGUCAGGGAAGUGGAGCGAUCUGGCUGGAUAAUGUUGGAUGCUCUGGAAAUGAGCACAACAUUACACAGUGCACACACAGAGGUCUGGGACAACAUGACUGUAAUCAUGGUAAAGACACUGGUGUUGUGUGUACAGGUGAUCUGGAGAUGCCCACCCUUUCCAUUAUCUCUCCACAUUCAGUUGUGUCUCCUGGAGAAAACAUUCAGUUUAAAUGCACAACACCUAAUCCAAGAUGUCGGGAAAAUGCUGAAUUCCACCUGUUCAGAAGAUCAUCCACAAUAUCCUCUGAAACAAGUGUAUCUAGUGUGACUUUCAGUCUGACUGUAGACGUCUCACAUCAGGAUCAGUACAGCUGUGAUUACUCUUACAGGAAUGACAUCAUCAAGUCUUCCAGGAGUAACACUAUUAAAAUCACUGUAGUGAACCUGCAGAAGCCCAAUAUUUCUCUCAGUGGAUUGUUUGACUUUGGUCCUCAGGGUUCAGUGAUCACCAGAGGUCAGAGCUUCACUAUUACUUGUUCAUCUGAAUCUCAGUAUUCUGGAGGCUUCUUCUCUCUGUUCAGUGGAUCAAACAUCACCAGGAAUGAACCAGUUGUCAAUCACUCAGCCGUCUUCAUCUUUCCUGAGGCAGAUUAUUCACAUGAGGGAAACUACAGUUGUGUUUAUGAAGUGAAUGUGUCCUCACGUAACUUUCGUUCAGAUGCGUCUGAGCUGCUGCUCAUCACUACCAGAGCCUCUCUGCUUCCUGUCAUUGGUGCUGUUGUGCCAGCUGUACUUCUCUUCUCUGCUUUUGUAAUCAUCUUCAUAGUGAAGAGAAGACAAAAACAGAACAAGGAGAUUCGUAAAAAGUGCUUCUUUAAGAAAGGUGAGGGUAAUACAUAUGAAGGUACAUCCCGUGACACCAAAAAUGAAGAUGAUGAUGAGGACGUCUAUCAAAAUAUGGAACUUGAUAAGAAAGACAAUGUAAGCAGUGAUGAUGACUCUGAACAGGACUAUAUUAAUGUGGAUUCAGAUAAUUUAAAACAGGAUUAUAUGAAUGCAGACACAGAUGAUUCUGAAGAGGAUUAUGUUAAUGUUGAUAUUACAGAAAACAGAGCUAUGGUAGACAGUAAAUGUGAUGAUGACCUCUAUGAAAGUUUUAUGGAUUAUGAGUGAACCUGAAAUACAGUAGAUUUACCUUAGAGCAGAGGUGCCCAAACUAGGGUUUGAAUGCUUAUGUGAUAUUUCAGUUUUUCUUUUUUAAUAAAUUUGGAAAAAUUUCUACAUGUCUGUUCUUUUCUGUCAAGAUGGGGCGCUGAGUGUACAUUAAUGAGACAUAAAAUGAACUUUUUUUACUUUAGCAAAUGGCUUAGUCAAAAGACUAAGACUAAAACUAAAUUAAAAUUUCUUGUCAAAAUUAACACUGCCAGCAAUACAUCAAUUACAACCUUACUAUAGUGAUUGUAUGUACAAGCUGCUGACC